CUGCCACACGGUCCUCAGCCAGGCAGCAGUUACACUUUCUUCCCUGCAGCAGAGUCUGUCUGAAGGUGCAUUCUGGGCUGACUCUGAUGAGUGAAUUUCACUUCGUCAACCUUAUUUAUUUUAGACUUCUUUAUUCCUCCAGGUGACUGGUUCUCUACCCACUUGGUAGAGCUCUCUAUGGACCACUUGGUCCACCCCUCACAAGGGAUUAAUGUGGGGCUUUGUGCCUCACACACAUCCAUACUUACUGAGAAGAUGUUUGGCCCUGUACCUGUAUUUCUGAGUGACUCUCUAGAGUCAAGAUGUUCAAGAUGUCUGCUGAUCCCGAAGUACAGCUUCUCUGAGGCUGCAUUGCCUGAAAUGCUGUUGAGCUUCAGACAAGCAGUGUUUCUUGCAACGCUAACACCACAUGUCUUACAUUUCAAGAGAUUUCUCUCUGCAGUGGCUAAGUUUCUGUGUGGUCAUUCCCUGAAGUGCAUUUUGAUUUGUUGGCUGUCAAAUUGGUUUGAUUUGGUUUGAAAUUGUUGCAGCUUUUGGUCUGGUCCUGGAUCAUCCCUUCUGUUCCCCACGUGUUGUACAAGUUUUGCUCCUCAGAAAAGCCUAAGCUACUGCACUGAAGCAAUGGCAGUGAGGUGUGGUGGUUACACUGGACACCUGAAAAGACCAAAUUCUUCUCUGUUAGUUCUGCUGCUCACUCUCUGUGUGACUGUGAGCAGGGUAGUUGACCUCUGUGCCUUAUUUUGUCAUCUGUUAACUGGGGAUAGUGCUCAGAUGCUCUGCCAAGCACUUUGAAGAGCUCUUGCUGUUGAAGGCACUGUCUACUGAUGUGCAGAAUUCUCUUCCUGGCAGGAUUCAUUCCAAGCUUAGGAGCCAGUGUAUAUUUAAAGCAUUAUUUUUUGUGCUUUGGAGAGCAGACUGCAGUGCUACUUCUAGUACAUACAAAAGCUGGGGAAACCAGAGCAUUUCCCACCCUCUGAAGAGUCGAAACCCUCGUGGGAAGUGCUUAGAAAUGCCAGGAGGAGUAUGUGUUGGUGUCUGCUGUUGCCAUGGAGCUGAGCUCUGUCGACAGCCUCGGGCUGGUGGUGGCCAGAGUGCCACAGGCUGUGGUCGGUGAUGGUGGUGGUGACUGUGGUGGGGCUGCUCCAGGACCCAGCUUUCCACGCAGCCAAGUGCACAGCAGAGGCUCUGAGGCUGAAGUUCCCAUGCAGUUUUGCAGAUCCUGUGAUACAGCCUCUGGUGGAAGUGGCAUGGCAUGAAUAUCUGCAGAAGAAAAAGAGGGAGCUGAGAGGUGAGGUGUGGGCAUACAGCUCCCCGGUGAUGUGCUUCCUCGACGGCCAGCUGCUGGGUGAUGAGAAGGAGCUGCUCCUGUGGUCUGCCCGGGAGUGGAACUAUCAGGACACCAAGCCCAGCACCCUCCACCAAGCAACUGCUGAGGACUUCUACACCAACUACCUGAAAAAGAGCCAGCAUGUGUUUGUGUUCCUGGAGAUUGCCAUUGAGGAGCAGCCCAUUGGGAGGCUGCUGUUCGAGCUAUUUUCUGACCUGUGUCCCAGGACCUGUGAGAAUUUCCGUGCCCUGUGCACCGGAGGAGCUAAGUCUCCCCGCGAUGGCCGAGAGCUCACCUACCAGAACUCUGUUUUCCAUCGCCUCCUGAAGAACUGGUGGAUCCAAGGAGGAGACAUCAUAACCGGCAAGGGAGGUGGAGGAGAGUCGAUUUAUGGCCCCACCUUUGAAGAUGAAAGCUUUGCCGUCCGCCACAAGGGACGAGGAGUCCUCGGCAUGGCCAACCGGGGCCGCCACAGCAACGGCUCGCAGUUCUACAUCACCUUCCAGCCGGCUCCCCACCUGGACAAACGCUACGUGGCCUUUGGGCAACUGAUCGAGGGCACAGAGGUGCUCCAGAAACUGGAAGAUGUACCUACAUGUAAUGAAAGGCCUACAGUAGCCUGCAGGAUCAUUAAGUGUGGGACCUUUCAGCCAUGACCACCAGCCUGCUGGAAGGUACAGCACUGAUUUCCACUCAGCUCUUUACAGACCUGGAUGGCUUAAGGCAAAAAUAAAAAGUACUUCCUGCA